AUGUUCCCCAUACCAUAUCCUUCUUCAAGAGUAUCUCAACUAGAUGCAAACAUUUUAGACUCUGAGCUAUUCACACUUUUGAAAGACCAAUUAUCAUCCAUUUUCCAGCUUCACGAAAACCAAAACUCACUCGCUAGCAAGCUUUCAUACAAUCGUCACCCAGAAACUUAUUCGUUGCUUUUGAAUUUACUCAUUUUUAAAUUGACAAUAUGGAAAUCAGGCUCCUCGUAUGGGUCAUCGUUACAGAAUUUAAAACUAACGGAUUCUAGAACUGGGAAAAUUAUUGGGCUUAAUAAAAAGGGGAUUUUGUUGGCGGCGUUGGUUGGUACAUACUUGUACAAAAAGUUGGAAACGGCACUUUACCAAAUCAAUGAAAUAACGGGACAGGACGACGAAGAAAGCACCUCGUUGUUUCAAAGAUUGAAACACGUCAUAUUGAAUAAUCGAACGGCAAUAUUGACAAGGAUAGAUAAUACUUUGAAAACGGUUAAUUUACUCAAUUUCACUGUGUUUUUAAUCAAUGGAAAGUAUCCAUCGAUCCUUCAUCGAUUACUUGGGAUCAUUGAAACGCCCAUAAUUUCAGAUUUAUUAAAAUUUAAUGGAAGCAACGUCAAUUAUGAAUUUCAAAAUCGACAAUUGGUUUGGAAUGUAAUGACGGAAUUCUUGGUGUUUCUUUUACCAUUGUUGCAAUUGCGCAAGAUUAGCAAAUUUACUAAGAAAUUGUAUCAUAGAGCCAAUGGACCAAAUACAAUUGAAUUUGAACUGGGCAAUAAUGAUGCAAAACAAUUGACUCCUUAUACUAAUUUACCGGUGCUGGAAUGUGCCAUUUGUCAUUACAACAACCAUCAAGCAGCACAGUCAGGGGGUAGGGUGUUUACAACAGCAGGGCCGGUAACAAAUCCAUGUAUCACAAAUUGUGGCCAUGUGUAUUGCUACGUUUGUAUUGCUACUCAAUUCAAUGUGAUGAAAUCAAGUGGUGAUGAUGUUCCAUGUUUGAGGUGUGGAAGUAAAUUGGAGUGGUUUAAAGAGUUUGAAGCAGACGAGAAGGCCAUUGAUGUAGAUGCUAUAACAAUAACAAUGGAUGAUGAGGAUCAACAAGAGUCUGAUGAUGAAGUAAAGCAAGAGAAACCAAGUGGAAGUAAUGAUGGUUCAGAUGGAAGUGAUGAUGAUGAAAGUAUUGAGAGUGGAUCGAGUUAUGGGCUAGCUGAGUACACUCACUCGGAAAAACCGAUGGGCGUAAAGAUUGAAAGAAAGCUCAGUAGCGUGCUGAAUAUAUUCCAAGAUGAUGAUGAUAACCUGGAGAGUUUGAGCGAGGAUGAUGAUGAUGACUAUAGUGAAGAAGAGGAAAUCGAUGCUGACGAAGCGUUACUAUGA